AUGCAACUGAUUUCCAUCCCCUUCUUUGAACAGAUGGAGGCUCCUCGUCCUGCUGAUGCGGCUGCGGCUGGCGGUUCAUCCGGUGGCGUUGGGAUGCUCCUCACGUCCUGGCUCAAGGGAGAUACCCAGCCGGCAAACCUGCCUUCUCACCCGCACCAUCACCUUGGCUACGCUGAAGCAGUGGGUAUUAAGGAACUGCGUGAGGAGGACAUCGCAUCAGAGGCUCCGCGCAAUGCCACAAACAGCACCUACUCUAUGCUUGAGAGCUAUGUCGGCCCUGCAGAGCCUGUAAACACCAAGCAUCACUUUGAGGAGACACACGACAACCUCGCGAACAAGCUUGAUAUCGGCGUUGAGACUCGCGCCUCUAACUCUGUCUUCGGCCUACUAAACUCCUGGUUCGGCCCAGCCGAGACGACCCAAAACAAGCAUUAG